AUGAAGAACAGCACCGGCUGGGCGCUGCUCGGAGCGGCCGAAGAGCCGCCGGCGCACCGAGCUCUGACCGGCUGCGUCCUGGCGCUGCUCAUCGUGUGGACCCUGUUGGGUAACAUGACGGUGUGCGCAGCCGUGUACCGCUACCGCCACCUGCGCGCCAAAGUCACCAACAUCUUCAUCGUGUCUCUGGCUCUGUCCGACCUGCUGGUGGCCGUGCUGGUGAUGCCGUGGAAAGCCGUGGCCGAGGUGGCUGGGUUCUGGCCGUUCGGGGGCUUCUGUAAGACCUGGCUGUCCUGUGACAUCAUGUGCUCCACGGCCUCCAUCCUCAACCUGUGCGUAAUCAGCGUGGACCGGUACUGGGCCAUCUCCAGCCCGUUCUGCUACGAGAGGAGCAUGAACAAGAGGGUGGCUUUCGUCAUGAUCGGGGUGACCUGGACCGUGUCCGUGGUCAUCUCCUUCGUUCCUGUGCAGCUGGACUGGCACCGGGCCGGGCUCGGAGACGCGGACCGUUCGGUUCCACGUGACGGGAGCUGUGACUCCAGCCUGAGCCGGACCUACGCCAUCUCCUCCUCCCUCAUCAGCUUCUACAUCCCCGUGCUCAUCAUGAUCGUCACCUACACCCGCAUCUACCGGAUAGCCCAGAUGCAGAUCCGCGUCAUAUCCUCACUGGAGCGCGCGGCGGAGCACGCGCAAAGCUGCCGAUCGCACCUGCCCGAACUUUUUCCUCACCUGUGCUCAGAAAUCGGCGCCACCUCUUAUCAGUCGCACACUGGCGUUCACGCGGACCCCCGCGGCCCCGACCGGUCCCACCGCGACCUCCGAGUCUCCAUCCGGAAGGAGACCAAGGUGCUGAAAACUCUCAGCAUCAUCAUGGGCGUGUUCGUCUGCUGCUGGCUGCCCUUCUUCAUCCUGAACUGCGCCCUGCCCUUCUGCCCCGCGCCGGGGGCCCCGGGGGCCCAGCGUGGCCCCCACUGCGUCAGCGAGAAAACCUUUGACGUGUUCGUGUGGAUCGGUUGGAGCAACUCGUCUCUCAACCCGGUGAUUUACGCGUUCAACGCGGACUUCAGGGACGCCUUCCUGCGCCUGCUGCGCUGCCGCGGACGGGGCUUACUGUCCGCCGUGAGCGCGGCCGUGGAGACCAUGAUGGCGACCAACGAGGCGGGGGCCCAGAGGAGGGACAGUCCUCUGCAGGCCCAGCUGAGCGUCUCCACGAACCCCAGGGCCAGCCAGGACAGCGGGAACACCACCGUGACCGUGUUUUAUCACAAACAAGCCACGACGGAACAAGUGAUGGACACGCAGGAGAGAUACGACGAAGAUAAACUGACACACAUUCCCAAAUAAAUGUUCAUGUUGCAAAGACUGAAACAAAGCAGAUUACACUGAACUAUACCAAAUGAUGCAGUUUGACAGAGCUUACUCUGGUAGUAAAAAAGAAAAAAGAGAGGAUUGUGAAA